AUGAACGGAAAGAUUCAUGCUGGGGAUGCAACAUCAUUUUUCCCGCAGCUACUCUCCUGUGCUGCCGUCAUCCGGCAGUACUCCAAGGGCGGUGCCUUUCAGCGCGUCCCCGACUGGACCUCUGUGUCUGACGAUGACCCGAGGAUCAAGAACCACCCCCGAUUCGACAAGACCGUGGGCUACCACGGUCCCGCUGCAGUUGAGGUUUCCACCUGCUUUGAACCCCUGCAUGCUCCUGUGCCUGCCCUCCUGUCCACAAAUGACACAUUGACGCCGCCGUCCAUGGUCUCGGCUCUCUUGCCGACUGCAUCCCUCGCUGAUCCGGAUCCGAUCACCUCACUGGACACUCAACCCAGGCCAGUAUCUCCUCCACCAAAGUCCACGGAGCCGCAAACAUCUACCCACAUUUUGGCACCUCCUGCUGCUCUCGUCAAACAUAAUCUCUUUGUGGCUGGCACAAAGAAGAAACCCGCAAAGGUCGCGCUGCAGGUCGGCAACAGUAAGAAGAGAAAAGCAGCAGACGAUGACGCAGACAAGGCCAUUAUGACUGACGCACCCGAGUUGCCUCCCAAGUCCUCGAAACCCAGGCAAAAAAGGAAGAAGUUCCUAUCGGAUGAAGAAGCUCCCACCGGAACGGUAUAUGUGAUCUCAAAGGUAUCGCUGCCUGUCACCACUGAGAACAAUUCCGACCCUGCAGUUCUGGAGGAUGCGGCUGAUAACAGAGGUUUCCAGGAUGCAGAUACUAGGCCUGCCCUAUGGGGCCAGGAUUCCUAUAUCGCUACCCCGUUGCAGGCAAGUCAUUCAGCAAAACACUGCCGUGAAAUGCUCACAAAUUUACAGCAUUCUGUUCAGUACCACCCCCGGAAGUGCGACAAAUGCAGGAAACCAGAUGUACCCUGCAUUGUCCUUCCGGACAAGAAGGUCGGAUGCACGCACCUUGCUUGCGCAAACUGUGAUCACAUGAAAGUCACAUGUGCGAUUGACGGCGUUGGCGUGAGGGAGAGGAUGCAAGCAAAGACCACUGCAGAACCAUCCAAUCCUCCUAAGCACUCCGGAAUGUGCACUCCAAAGUCCCGUGCCAAGACUCCGGCUGGCCGCUCUGCUCGGAAGGCAAACCUCCCGCUCCCAAGUUCCCACGGCGCUGAACAUGAAGAUAAAGAGGGACAGCAACAGGCGAAGGAUGUCGGGCCAGGCAAGGCUCCCAUGGAGCCGCUCCCUACAAUCAAGCCUGUCCCACGACCGGAACAGGAUAACCAGCCUGCGCCGGCCAACUGCAUCGAUGCCGAGCCAACAGCAAGACAAAUCUUCCAGAGUAUCCAGGACCUCGGCAGAAGAUUAGAUCUGUUUGCCAGCAAUGAGCGGGUGGAGGCAUUGGAGGUAAGAGUUGCUUCCAUGGAGAACAACCUCACCCAGCGGUUGAACGCAUUUGAGCAACAGUUGAACAUCUCGGAUGCAUGGCGGAGAGCGAUGUCCGCAUCUUGA